AUGAAGCGGAAAUCGGACUACGUGAAGAGUUCGAUUUCGAGAACCGGUCUCGGUUUAAUGAUCAAGAAAUUGGUGGAGGUUGAGAAAGUUGAAAUGAAUUGGAAUCCGUACGGAGGAAGAAUGGGUGAGAUCACGAGUUCGAGGACACCGUUCCCACAUAGAGCAGGCAAUUUGUUCAACAUUGAGUAUGUCAUAGACUGGUCGGAAAGUGGAGAUCAAGUGGAGAAAGAUCAUUUGGCACGUGCAAGAGAGAUGUAUGAAUUCAUGACUCCGUACGUGUCUAGUAAUCCGAGAGGGGCGUAUUUGAAUUACCGUGAUCUUGACAUAGGAUCAAGUGUUAAUCCACUUACAAAGAAGGUAAAAUCUACGGGGCUAAGUAUUUUAAAGACAAUUUCGAGAGGUUAG